AUGCUGUUGGUCUUAGUAAACUUAGGAGAGUUGCGAUGUCCGGACUUUUUGCUCACUGUGUACCCCAGCUUGGAUGACGAGCUCCAGUGUCAGUGGUCUGCAAAGCAAGUAACGAAACUCCUGUGUCCGGGGGAAGACACAGACGAGCGUCGAGACGAGAAGUUGCGUAAGUUCUGGAACAAGAAUGAGAAAGUGAUUCUGGAUAUGCAUGCAGAGAUCUGGCCGGGUUCGCAACCUCGGCUUUUGCGACCGCCGAAGGAUACCACGAAGAAGCCGGAGCAUGACGACAAAGACCCAGGCAAACUAUUAGAUGAGAAGGUGUUGCCUACGACGGUCUUCAUUGCCAGCCUGAUUUGGGGAAUAGCUGGUAAGCGACGUGAUCCAGGGAAUCGACAGCUUUGUUGCCAGUGCCUUUCGAUAUUGGUUGAUGCGUGCUGUCGAGCCGGCGGCUUCCAUGUCAAGUUCUUUUGCAUGACUGAUUUGCCGCCACCAGGCGCUGUUCCCGUGGACAUGAAAAUGGAGACAUCAGAAUGUCCGCUCCGUCUCUUGGUCGCUCCCGAAACGUGGGAGCAUGUGGAGAAGGUGUGGAAUGACGAGAUGCAAGACUCCUUCUCUGCAUAUGGAUAUUUCGAAGACGUGGGUGAGAUCACCUGCUGGGCAAUCCUCACUGGGGACGAUCGGCUGGAUGCGCUCACGACAGAAGCAUCCGACGUGAAACAGAAGAAGAGUGCUUCGGGGAAGACUCUCACGUCACUGUCCAUGACCCGUCGUUUCGAGAUUGUGAAAAUGGUAACCUACCUCGGCAAGGCCCUGCGCAUCUUCGGUGACGAGCCGCACCUGCACGUGGCCUUCGACGGCAGCAGCAUUGGGGGCACUCCGGUGGAGUUGUACAAGUUCCACAGAAAGCUAGAGGGCAUGAAACAGUAUAAGCGUGUCACAGUUUCCUUUGACUACCACUGGAGCAUGCUGCAGCGUGCGUUCGGUGGCAUCAAACAGUCCUGGUAUGCUACCCAGCAGGUGGUGCCGGAGACUGUGCUUGCUGAAAAGGAGCACAAGUGCCACCAACUGCUGCGGGACAAUAUGCUAUGGUGCAGCAAGGUUUUGGGCCGCAUGGAAGACCCGUGCAUGUUUGGGAAUGUCCUGGACAUCUACCCUGAAUUUCGAGAUGAGGGGUCCGUUGCUGAGAAGCAGCAGCUCCUCUUCAACUGCCGGAGGACGCCCUCAUGCUUCUGCAAAAUACAUGGAGUCGGUGCUUCAGCACCAACAGCCUGUCGCAUACCAUCCUCUCACUUCGACGUCAGUGGCCUUCCAUGCCCGGAUUUUUCCACAGCUGGGAAAAGACGUCGUGCGGAAGGCCCAACCAACAGUGUCUUUCUUGCGCACGGGCGCAUGCACGGGGAGCUGCAAACACCGCUGCUUCUGAUCGAGAAUGUGCAGGCCCUGGAUAUGCAGAUGGUUCAGCAGACACACCCAGACUACGAGUGGUAUCAGAUCUUCACUGAGCCGGGUGAAUUGGGAUUUACAGCUACGUCCCGAGCACGCACCUACAUCAUAGGGGCUCACAAGACCAAGUGUGUUUGCUUGCACGACCCGUUCGAGCUGCAUGAUGCAAUCAAAAGCAGAAUAGCAGACUAUGCACGCACGGCGGUGUCUGACUACCUAGUGGCUAGUGACCAAGAAAUCCUGAUGGAGGCACAGGACACCGGCCGAACACGCAAUGUGGUACAUCGGCCCGGCGUCCAGGACUACGCCUACUACUUGACUCAGAGGGAGCUUCGCAGCAUGGGCAUCUUGGACCAAAAGUACAGGGAAAAAUUCGGCAGAGAACCCCACCUGGACGGCAACCUGGUCUAUCAUCUGGGCGACAAUGCAGAAUGGACUACAAAUUGGAGUGCAAACAGCGGUGCAUUGCCCACGUUCAGACUAGGCGCUGCGACCUCGAAGUUCUGGCUGCCGCGGUACAGAAGGUGGCUGACCUGCAGAGAGAAGCUGGUUGCGAUGGGCUUCCCUGUGACGGCAGAGUGCGCCCACGCGCUGGGAACACCUGUCGUGUUUGUGUCCGAUGUCAGGCGUGCCGCUGACAUCUUGGGAAACUGUAUGCAUUUCACGACGGCGGGGGUGAUGACCAACCAUGCUCUCGUAAGUCUUGGUUGCUGCGUCACUGUGGAAAUUUACGUGUUGCAGAUGCACAGCUUAGUUGCUGAGUUCAUUGUCAGCAGCACCCGCACCGCAAGCAAAAGUGGCUUCUGCUACGUUGAGGUUGGUUGUCUUGCACAGGCUAGAUUGACCGAGAUCGUAGGUUUCGCUGACGACGCCUUGUCCUUGCGAUCCGAUCCACCCGCUGAGAAAGACCCCCCAGAAGACACCGCCAGCUGCUCCUUCUCCGGCCGCAGCAGCAACUAUGCCGAGCCACGCUCCUGCGGUUGUGAGUGCCCAGCAGCAGCCGAGCCUCUGGAUUCUACUCUGAGGGAAUACAUGGAGGCAUCCGAACCCAUCAAAGCGGGACGGAGCUUUACAAACAAAUUGGGCUCCAAAGUCAUUCGCUUGGCCUUUUAUGGCAUGUACAGGAAGAUGCCAACCGAUCGGGGCGUCGUGCUUGAGUUAAGGAGUGACAAGCGUACCCAGAUGGCCCAGCUCAAGAACGAAUACCUGCGCUUGGGGCAGCCAAUGCAUGACUGUUCUUUGCUGGACUUGGUUCGCCGGGUCGAAAUUGAAUUUAGUAAGGACAAGGCCUUCGAAGUAGGCGGUGGCAACUCAUGGCUGGUUCUUUGCGGUGACCAGUUCCGUAAGUUGCCGGAGCCGCAGAGUGGAAGCUGGGAGGUGAAGAUCGAUCCGGGCACGCAGCUGCCGUUUUUGAAUGACGAUGGCUUUUCCAUGAUGUGGGCGAUCAGUCCCUUCCAGAGCAAGGAACAGGAUCGUGACUACUUGCCCAAGUUGGACCUCGCCAAGAACACCCCGGUGUACCGCCACCCGCUGCUGUCAAGCUUGUGUGCUACUGCGAGAUGGAGCGCGGACACUGUGGAAUAUGCGGGCGCGGAUUCAUUCAGGAAUCCAUGA